GGCAACCAAGUCUCUCGUAGUCGUAAAUCCUCUGUUAUGAUGGAUGACGGGGAGGAUGCAUACGAACGCCUGAAAGAGUCUGAAAAACUGAUCAAAGAGCUAAAUGAAACAUGGGAAGAGAAACUGCGCAGAACAGAGGCUGUGCGUCAGCAGAGAGAGGCUGUACUGGCAGAGAUGGGUGUGGCUUUACGAGAAGAUGGCGGCACCCUGGGAGUGUUCUCGCCUAAAAAGACUCCACAUUUGGUAAACCUGAAUGAGGAUCCUCUGAUGUCUGAGUGCCUGCUGUAUUAUUUGAAAGAUGGCAUCACCAGACUUGGUCGUCAUGAUGCCAAAGUUUUACAAGAUAUCCAACUGAAUGGAGAACUCAUACUGGACGAACACUGCAUGUUUGAGAACAUUGAAGGAGUGGUCAAGCUGAUAUCUAGCAAUGACGCCAUCGUGUAUCUGAAUGGGAAGAAGAUCACUGAACCCACCAUCUUGAAGACUGGGUCUCGUGUCAUCCUGGGGAAGUCUCACGUGUUCAGGUUUAACCACCCAGAGCAAGCCAAAAUCCUCUCGGCCCAAAAGGCAUCCAUGACACUUGACCUGCCUCCGAUGUCCAGAGAAAAAAGAGAGAAUGUGGAAAAGAAAUCUCCUGGAGACAUGGAAACACCUGGCCCUCUCAUUAGUAGCUACCUCAAAGACCUGAAAUCGUCUUGGAGUUCAGAUUCUGACUGUGACUUCGAAAAUGUUCUAAAAGCAUGUGAGACUGUAGACUGGCAGUAUGCCCAGCUGGAGCUGCUGGAAAAACAGGGGAUUGAUCUGAGGCAAGAAAUGGAGAAGAGAGUAAAUGAGAUGGAGGAGCAGUAUAGAAAGGAGAGAGAGGAGGCGGAGCAGGCCUUUGAACAGCAGAGGAAGGAUUACGAGAGCAAGAUUCAAGUUCUCCAGGAACAAGUUGAGAGACAAUCCAUGAUGAGCAGUCAGUAUACCACUGGAGAUGACAUAGGGGAGGAUGAGGAAGAUGAAGCCUUUGAGGAGGAGUGUAAGUGGACAGAGCGUGAAUACCAGUUGGCGGAAUGGGCAUACAGGAAGUGGAGAUAUCACCAAUUCACCUGCCUGAGGGUAUGUUACAGCAAUACGAUUUUAGUGGAGAUGUUGAAUGUAUGUAUGGUCUUUUUCAGUCUAUGGUGUCAAAACAUUUUAAGUCACAGUGUUUUAGAAUUAUUCAAGUGGUCUUUUACACAUUUUACAAGUUUAUUAUUUCACACUGUGUCUUGUUGCCUUUGUACUGAAAUUCAGGAAGCAGAUGUUUUUUGUCGCAGCAUGUUACUUUACAAUAUAAGUAGUAUUCCAUGCUGAGAUCAAGGUUGGCACAAAUUUUGGAUGGGAUAUUACACAGAGAUUGCUUGAAGUGAAUUGUGAUCAAGUCUCUGCUUCUUGAUAAUAUGUGUUGCAUGACUAUAAUUCUACUUCAGUAACUACCAAAAUGUCUUUUCCAACUAACCUGAACGUGACAUUGGUCAAAUGUGACAUUGGUUGGAAACGUGAUGGCAAAUGUUGUUGUCGUAUUUUUGCAGUAUGACGUCAGUUUACCAUACAGUUUUCUCCAGUGUUGCAUGGUACUGUGAUUACUGUUUAUUUGACACUCAGAAAAACUCCAGCAUGUUAAAUAUCAGACCAAAAAUUCCACGUCUAAUCUGUGUGCACAUGUGACAUGAAAUCAUGGCACUUCUGUGUUUAUCAUACUGAAUAAGACAAAAGUAUUUUCUGACUUUUCCACAAAAAAAAGUAUAAAUGUCACAUUAUCCAUAUUGAGUUUGGUGUGGAAAGGUAAUAGAAAAAUGUGAGCACUCAGAGCUAAUGUUUAUGUUAUUGAUUAUCACAAGUUGAAUAUAAGUACCUUGACUGUUUAUGUUCUCUGUUGUACAUUCUUUAAUGUGAUUUGUUAAAUUUUGAUAAAUGUUCUGUUUUUAUUAU